AUGUACAAAAUUCACCGUCAAGGUCAACAACUGAAUGGUGCCAAUGGAAGUGAUCAUCAGAAAAAAUUGACGAAAAAGAAGUCAAAAGGGGUGUUGGAGGAUGACGAUGAGGACGAGAAGACAAAGUGUAAGGUAGCGACGAUUCGGAUUGAGGACCAUGAUGAGGAGGAGGAGAAGAGAAAGAUGGAACGGAAGAAGAGGACACAAGAGGAUAUGGUCGCUGAUUUCGUUAAGAUUUUGGAGCAAAUGAUGAACCCCCGUCAAGCAGUCACCUCCAUCAUCUCCGCCGGAAUGGGUGUCGCCGCCAUCACCGUCGCAGUCAUUUUCUUCGGAAGUCUCCCUGAAAGUGCUCUCAACGCGAAGCAACUUGUCAUCAUUCUAGCAGUAUACGGUAUCCUUCAAAUCGUCUUGGCCACUGCUUUCUUCAUCACUUGUAUGCAAACUACUAUUGCAGUUUCGAAAGGGGUCAAGGACGCGUUUCAAAUCGUUGUUGGAUUGCUGGUGGCUCUAAUUUAUGUGGCCGUCACAUUGAUUUCCCUGGCAGUUGGUGUCUUUGGCUUCUACAAAACUCUGUGCAUAGUUUCAUUCGUCGAAUACGAGGAUCUCGAAUCACAGUUUUAUUGUCCACCGCCCGUCUUCUACACAUCUCUAACCGUUUUCAUUCUUCAUAUCGUUCUUAUCGUGGCAAAAUGUUGCUGUUGUUUUAUCUCCAUCUUUAUUUCCCCCAAACCGAUUAAAAAUCCUGAAUUCAACUUUUCGAAACUCCCUCAACUAGUAAGAGACCUUCUGUUCCCCAUGAUGGAUUUAAGGGAUAUAAUAAUGCUCUCCCUCUGCUCCAAAAAAUGUGCUUUACUACUCAGAACUAUCCGAAAUCUACCCAAUAAAAUGGAUAUUUUGAUUGGAAGUUUUAGGAAUUCGGUGAUACUUUAUGAGGAUCGGGACAAAGCUGAAAAUUGUAUUCAAUGGUGUUUCGAACCGUAUUUGGGGAGAGGAAUGGAUACGAUGUGGAGAGUUAAUGGAAUCACGUUUCAUAUUGUAUGCCACAUUGAAAAUCUUCAUAUCCUCAUUCUACGUGAAACCAAAAAGUUCCGAAUUCGCAGAGCUCUUUCCUCGGUUUUAGAAGUCAAUCAUUUGAACAUGGAAGGUCGUGCGGCUCAGAAAGACUUCAAAUUCGUUUUUAACAAUUUGAAAAUCAAAAACUCUUUGCGAAAAGAUUACCAUGAACUGGACAGUUAUCAAUCGGUAAGAUCCUUGAACUGUAAGGAUCGAAUAAUGAGUUACUGCUCGACAUGGGCACAUCCAGAUAUUCUUCUGAAUCUAAAUUGCAAACACUCCACGUUUCUGGAAACUCAAUUCAAGGCAGAGAAUAUUUUGGAGUUCUUGAAGAAAUGGAAAACAUCGGAAGGCAAUGAAAUGAGAAAUAUUGAGUCGUUGAAAAUUGAAAUAAUGGAAUUUUUGGAAAGUUUUGAGAACGUGAUAUGGAUAGAGAUGGACGCGAAAGCAUGUGUUCCAAGGGAAUUGGAUCGGAGAAUCAAAAAGUUUCCUGAUGUAGAUUUUGAAUAUGGCAUGGAUAUUAAGAGAACUGAUGGGUUACAAGCAACAGUGAUGCUGGAUCGAGAAGAGAAAAUAUUCGAAUUUUAUGUCUGGCAUGAUGAUGAAGGAUAA